UGCCCCAUCAUAGGUGUCAGUGGGGGGAGGAAUAGUGCCCCAUCCUUGGUGUCAGUGGGGGGAGGAAUAGUGCCCCAUCCUUGGUGUCAGUGGGGGGGAGGAAUAGUGCCCCAUCCUUGGUGUCAGUGGGGAGAGGAAUAGUGCCCCAUCCUUGGUGUCAGUGGGGGGAGGAAUAG